AUGAGCGGGCCAUCACAGCCACCUGGUGGCUUUAUUCCCCGUCCCCCGGGGAUGCCGCCACUGCCGCCUGGCUUUAAACUGCCGCCUGGUGUUGGCAUGCCGCCCAUGCCGCCUGGGCUCACGCACCCGUCCAGCGCGCCACCACACAUGCAAUCCAACGUGCGUGUUGGUGUACCGCCUCUGCCACCGCAGCACCAGCACCAGCAACGGCAACAACAAGGUGGUGCUCCGCCACCCGGUGUGCGCUACCCGCAGCCCCCGUCGCACCUCGCCCAGUGGCCCCCGGAGGGUGGAGAACAGGGAUACCUCAUGCCGCCCGGCGUGCUGCGCAGCUCGAACGACAUGUACGCAAGGAGGGAUGAUCACCGCUCCGCAAUGGCGCCAACUGGUGAUCCGCGUGGGUUUGCGCCACCCCCGCAGCCGCCGAUGGGAACGUCGUACCCACAAGCACCUUAUGGGGCCGCACCACCACAUGAUGGAGAUCGCCGUGGUGGGCAUGCCCACAGGGGUCGCCGCGAUGAUGAGCUGCGGGAGCCGACGAACACCGUGUGGGUGGGAAACCUUGACACAUACGAGCACACAGAGGAUGUACUGCGACGUGAAUUUUCUGAAUUUGGGCGGGUAAUUCGAAUUGCUAAAGUUCCUGAUAAGAGUUACUGCUUUGUGCAUUUUCGAUAUGUGGAUGAGGCACGCAAUGCCGUGGAGGCGCUCAGUGCACGAGGCUCCCUCGGUAGGGCGCGUUUCAAUUACGGCAAAAUGUUUGAGUACUCAAAGGAGGAGCUAGAAAUGCCGCAAGAGGCCAACAACUACAGGCAGCCCCGGCGAGGACGUGAUGAUGAACGGCACGACAAUGAGGACAGGCGGCGCCGCCCACGCCGUGAGGAGGAGCGCAUGGAACCCACAAAUGUGCUGUGGGUGGGGGACUUGCCACCCACUGUUUCUAACGAGGAGCUGAACGAGAACUUCAAGGUGUUCGGCAAGAUCACAACUCUCUCCCGGUUGGACAGCCGAAACAUGGCUUUCAUUCACUUCGAAACAAUCGAAAGCUGCACACAAGCAUUGGACCUGAUGCGAAACCAGCCAAUUGGUGGAGCGAGGGUUGUCCUUAACUAUGGACGAGCACAGCGUAACCAGUCCAGUGCUGAAAGUGGGCUGACCCCUGACGGCAUUCCUUCCAAUGAAACACCAACAAAUGUGGUGUACCUUGGUCAGUUCGCAUCGGAUGUGAUGGAAGAGGACGUUGAAGACUUAUUUGAGCCAUUUGAAGGCUUUAUCAACUCCAAGUUCAUCCAGUCUAGCGGCAUUGCGUUUGGGCAUUUUGACAGCAUUGAACACGCGCGUGUGGCCCGUGUGGCGCUUAACAAUACCCUCCUGAAAGGUGCCCCGAUGCGCAUCAGCUUUGGUAAGAGCAACCACAACAUGACAAUGGCGGACCGCAUGCGCCGCGGCAAGCACGCCCUGUUGGGUGGCAGUGGUGAGCCGCUUUCAGGCGUUCCGGGGGCCCCCAGUCUCGACGGCUUUGUCGGCGCUCUUACCGCGGGCCCUGGCAUCCCCGGUAGUGGUGGUGGUGGUGCUGCUGCCAACAGCGGCGCGAUAGUGGCUCUGCCGGCGAUGGGCGUCACGGUGGGCACAGUUGCGGCACCGCAGCCACCGACGUGCUUCACGCGAGAGCGGCCCACGCCGGAUAUGACGCUCGAGGCACGACUGCAGUCACUGUUAGGCGCUACGUACAACAGCUGUGGGGAGUCGGAGAAAUCACUGAGUCCUAGCGUAAUACAGACCAUCUGCGAUCUCAUCGAUGACUGCGUUGAUGAAAAGAGUGAGAAGCGGCUAGACGACACAAUCUUCUUAUACUCCCCACUCAAUGCCGCUCACAUUUUUGGCAUUCUGGCUAAGCGCAUGCAUGAUUACUUCAAGGAUGAUCCUCACAAAAAGCUCUACAUUUUGUACGCUGCCACACGUGUACUUCUCGGGGCAAAAACCGACUACCUCUUUUUUACCAAGGCGUCCCUUAACGCAUACCUUAUGACUGUCCUUGUGGCAAGCGAGGGACAAACGCCAAGUGGGGCGGAAGUGAUCACGUCCAUCAUUGAGAACGUCCAUCGGCACCCGUUUAUUGAGGGACAGAAGCUGGAUGCUGACUUCAUCGAGGUUUUUCGUGAGCAACUCGACAAUAUACUCAAGCGUGUCAAGGUGGAUCAGGACCUCGCCUCACUCCUGAAGAAGAAACGGAAAUAA